AUGGAAAACAAUGUGAAAGUGGAUGCUAAUGAGUUGGAAUGGGAUAAUGAUAGUGCCAACGACACCAAUAACGAGAAUGUCCAUUAUAAAAUCCAUCGCAGCAAAGGAAAAUGUGAUGUGUUCGCCCGGCAAAUCGAUGUUUCUGUACAGGUGAAGACUAAGCCUACUAGAAAUGAUAAUGGAAGAUACCAUAGUGCCUCCUCAGCUAUAAAUGUCCCCCCUCAAAUGAGCGUUCCAAUAUGGCAUGAUAUUUGGUUCCAAAUAGCUAUGCACAUUGAGCCCGACGAUGUCCAAAGAUUUGCUUUAAUAUGCAAGCAGACCUCGCAACUCGUUAACACGCGGUCCUUCUGGUAUAGUUUGUAUCGCAGAUAUUGCCAUGGUUGUUUUGGUUGGAAUUUGAAGCUGCCAAGCCACCUACAGAUUGAUGAAAUUCGUUCCAGCAGCCAAUGUAAUACAAAAGCUUUGCGUUCUUUGGUUGUUCAGGCGCUCUUUCGCUGUCAUCAGAAAUUAAAAAUUCGACUCGAGGUUGGCUACAGCUUGGAUUGGUUAAAACAGAGAAUCUACGUAUCUUGCUGGCAGAAGCAAUAUCAAUGUCUAUGGAUAAUGUGCUACAAAUUUUGGAAUCAACAGGACCAUCAGCACCAGGAGCUACAUCAGCAAAAACUAGCAAAUGAGGUGAUAAACGAUGAUUGGGAGCAAUUGGCCCAUGAUAAUAAUGUACCUGCAUCUUUAUGGUCUUCAUCUAAUCCCCAUGAGGGGGUUGUAUUAUUAAUAGUCGUUUGCAGUCAAUUUGUCCCAAUUCCGGGGUUAUUAAGCUAUGGCCAACAAGAGUCACGAUUUCGACUACUAGCCACCCGUGAAUUACUUUGCACCGAUAUGCGUGCUAAAAAUUUGGAGCUUGACUUUACCGAAAACACUAGCAAAAAUAAUAUUGUUACCGUGAAAUAUCCCCGCAUUGAAAAGUACAAAGUUCUGCCAUGGUGGCAUCCUGAUUUCCAGCGAUUUAUCAAAUAAAUACAUUUGAAUGUUA